UUUUGCAAGCUGUACAAUUAAGGUGGAGUGAAGUAAAUAUUAAAGUACCUCAGUUUCUUCCCGAACUAUUUCCCGCACUUCCCAGUCAUCGGGAAUCGCAUAUAGCUUUUCUGUUAUUCCCACAUCAUCUUCAUACCAUAUAGUGUGCUUCAUCUUCAUCACGGGUUAGAUGGUAUCUGAUUCAUACUAUCGAAGUUUAAUCGAAGCUGUACGUCAACUACCGGUACUUUAUGAUCGAACACAUCCGGAUUUUCGAAAUGUACGAAAGCGUAAUGAAGCAUGGAAACUUGUUAGUGAGACAUUAUUCAAGCGUGGUUUCUCUCCAAAUGAAGUUUCGGUUACGAAAUCAAGAGAUCGAUGGAAAAGCCUCGUACAGAGGUAUCGAACUUCAGGACAAUUUGGACCAGCAUUUAUGUUUACUGCAGAAAUGCAGUUCCUCGAUGAAUUUCUCAAUGCUGUACCACCACAAUCAGCAGAAGCAGCAGCAAAUUCGCUCCUUGGAAAUGUGAAAAAAGAGGAUAGCGAAUGGGAAUUUCCUGUUUUAUUUGGUAGUGCUAAUCAAACUGAUAAUAACAUGUCAUUAUUUGCAAAUAUGGAUUCACCUGGAGGUUCCGCAUCCCCUUAUGCGCAGCAACAAGGUGAUAUUAAUGCGGUUGAUGGUACCAAUACUGAUGAUGCAUUGCUAAAUGGAAAUUGCAAUUUCUCUAAUGGAAAUGGUGUUUCAUCUGCACAUUGUGUUCCCAUAUCGAUUUCUUCAUUAUCUGUAAAAGAUCUCAUGGCACGAAAGCGACCGCGUCAAAAUAUUCCAGAUGGUCCGACAGCAUUAGAAAGAAGAAUUGCAAACAGUUUGGAAACAAUUCAAGAAUUCAUCAGUAAUGCAUUCCAAAAGCAAAAAGAGCAAGAGGCGGAAAAAGAAAAAAGUCCAAAUGCUGCUCUAUUUCAGUGUAUUGAUCAUCUCACUGCUGAUAUGUCACCUAAGGAACAUCAGGAAGCAUUGCGUGAAAUUAAAAGAUCUUGUGUGAGUAUAUGUGCUAGGAUUAUGUCUGAAUCACAGCCAUAGGUGUUAUAAUUCUUGUCUUAUUCAUGUUUGUGUUUGAAGCAAAUAUUGCUUGAUUUUUGUUAAGCUGACUAAACAAAGUUUAUCGCCUUCUUUACGAUAUAGAGCUUUAGCUCUAUAAACAAAUCAGGCUUCUUUGACCUUAAUGCUCUUUAUGCUCG